AGAAAAAGAAUAUGAAGUUUCUUAAAAUGGUUUAAUUUGAUUUUAUAAUAUCUUCCAUGGCAAAGAAGACUUGCUGGUUUGUUUGGUUCAAAAGGAUGUUUGCUUCUGAGGAAAAUCCAAAAACAGAGAAGAAAUCUAAAAGGUGGAGAUGGAUUCUUGGAAGGCUAAAGUUUAAACAACGCCCUGCGCUUCCAAGCCUGCCAUCACCUCAGAGGACAAUCGAUGAAGCAAAAGAAAAGCAGAGAAAGUUUUCUGUGAGUGUAGCCCUGGCGACUGCAGCUGCGGCUGAGGUUGCAGUUGCUGCUGUUCAGGCUGCAGCUGAGGUUGUUAGGCUCACUGGUUCUUCUGAGUCUCGUCUUCAUUUCACCAAGAAAGAUGAAAACUUUGCUGCCAUUAAAGUACAGAGUGCUUUCCGUGGAUAUCUUCAGGCGAGGAAAGCUUUGCGAGCAUUGAAGGGACUAGUGAGGCUUCAAGCCAUUGUCCGAGGACAAGCUGUGAGACGGCAAGUAGUCAUGAAACUGAAGCAUUUGCCAUCCAAUGUGAAGAAGAUGCAAUCACAGGUCCAAGCGAAAAGGAUUCCUAAUAUAGAUAACAUUUGUAAAGGAGGUGGAAAAAAACAAUUAUCCAAGGAGUUGGGAGACAUGGACAGUAAGGGGAAGAACCAGAAGAAAGAUCUACAAUCAAUUCAAUUGCUUGAAUGCCAAAGUAAAAAAUGUUGGGAUUACAGCAUGCUUUCAAAGGAAGACAUGGAAAGCCUAUGGUUCAAGAAGCAAGAGGCUAUCAUAAAAAAAGAUCGGAUGAUGAAAUUCUCAUUCUCUCAUCGGGAGAGGAGGAACACUCAUAGGCUGGAAGAAUCACUAUCCAACAAGGAAACUGGUAGACAGAACCACUGGUUGGAACAAUUGGUAGACAAAGAUGCAUUUGCUAGAGAACAGAUGGAGAAUCUGAAAUCAACUGCCAUUUCUAAUCCGUCCACUGGUGAAAUAUUUGGUGAAUUACAAGUUAAAACAAAAGGCACAAGAAAACAAGAUUCUACGGAAGGAUUGAAUUCACCAGUGUCAUUUCCAAGAAGAUCAUUUUGUCGCACACGGAUGAAUACUGCAGGAGAUGACAGUGCUGCCCCGAAUUCUCCGGUUUUUCCAACUUAUAUGGCUGCAACAGAGUCUGCAAAGGCAAAGGCAAGGUUGAUAAGCACACCAAGGCAACGACUAGGAAUUCAGGAUACUUGCUUCGAUCACAACUUAUCAUACAAGAACAGACUCUCUCUUUGGUCUUCUUAUAAUGGUGAAUUGUUUAGCACUUAUGGAAAGAGUAGAUGUGCUUCUCAGGGUGUCCCUCUAAGCAUAAAUCGCCAUUGUUGAGAUGCCAGGCAUGCUUCUUGAUGUAAAUCAACCAAAGGGGUAAUUCCAAAGAAGUUUCAGGUAAAUGGCUGGUUAAGGAUUAUUCGAUCAGAGCCACCAAGAAGACAUUGAAUUCACUUCAAGAAUGGUCAUUUUAGGUCUCCAUGGAAAAGUAACAAUUUGCCCUUUUUUUUUUUUUUUUUUUUGUGGGGUGAAUUGCAAGGUUUAAUUUUCUGUUAGUUCUCAUCUCUAUCUUUGAUGUACAUAAUCAAUCACCAUAUUACUUAUCAUACAUCACCUUUUCCUUUUGAGGGGGAGGGAGAAGAGGUUUGUUUUUGUGAUCUUUGCAGAGAGCUGGGUGUGCGAGUUGGGCUUUUUGAGCAUGCUGUUGUGGAGCAAAAUAGUUACAAUCAGCAAU